AACUAAUUUGUACAAUACAAUCAACCGUCAAUUUGAUGAAAGACAACAAGGAUUUAUUAAUUCUAUCAUUAACACAAUUACAAAUAACAGAAGAAAUUUUAGAAUUAAUCGAAGGAGAGAAAUACAAUUUAGACCUAGAUACCGUACCAGAAUUAACAGUCCACGAAUCAGAGAAAUAACAAACACACCCAGCUCACAAAUACAAGAAUUACCAAAUAAUCAAUUAAUAUUCACAGAAUUUCCAGAAUUAACAGACAUUCAACCUAAUGAAGAACCUUAUGGAAUACCUGGUCCCUCAACUGAACAAAAUCAGCAAGAUAUGCAAGGACUUAUUAGACAUAUGUCAUCCACUGGUCAAGAAAUAGGAGAAGCUAGAGUAGAACCACAAAGUUUAAGUGGUAUAACUUUCGUACUUGAAGAUGUUGCAUUUCAAAAACGAAAACAUGACGAAUUAGAGCUGAUGAUUCGG